AUGCUUCUCGUGUGGGCUGCUCUCCAACUUGUGGCAUUGCCCAUCUGUCGGGCAGUUGCCAUCCCUAAUCCGACGUCAGGAGCCUAUAACGACCACCCUCACGAUAUCAAUCCCCCUCUUCCUGGUCUUUGGUAUCACACAGAGGAUCACCCAGUUAAUGCUCUGUUCAGACGCGCUACUAACGACGGUGUUACUUACGCGCCGGUUGGCUCUUCGACCUGGUCAAGUUCAUUUCCCCAGUCCUCUCCGAACCCAAGCGCGUUACCUGCCGAAUGGGUUAGCGCUCUCAAUGCUGCAGUCGCCGCAGGGAAAAUUCCAAAUAUACCUCAGUCAUCAAACACACCAGGGGUCAAUCCUGUGUAUCCCCCUGGUGUCAACCCAAGUGGUCCAGAAGUUUGCUCAGCCACGUACAAGUGCAGGAACCCCGCCGACCUUUGGGAUGCUCCGACAGGUGUUUUUGCUAGUUCAUUUGAUGAUGGCCCUCUGCCUCCGACUACUCAGCUUGUUCAAUUUUUUAACUCUAAUAACGAGACAACGACGCAUUUUAUGAUUGGUAUCAACAUCAUCAAUAAUCCGCAACAGUUCCUCGCUGCCUUCAGUAGUUCGCAUGAUAUAGGCGUUCAUACCUGGACACAUCCUUACAUGACUACCUUGAAUAAUCUCGAUGUCCUUGGCCAGCUCGGGUGGACAAUACAGCUCAUUCACAAUUCCACUGGUGGUCGAGUGCCGAAAUACUGGAGACCCCCUUAUGGUGAUUCUGAUAAUCGGGUCAGGGCAAUUGCAAAGGAGGUAUUCGGCAUGGACACUGUCAUUUGGAAUCAAGACACUGGGGACUGGAGCCUUACAACGGGCGGAACGACUCCACAGGCUGUUCAAUCUAGUAUGCAGCGGUUCUUAACUGGACCCAAAUCCCCAGGACUGAUGAUUCUGGAGCACGAGCUCACUCCUCAAUCCGUGUCUGCGUUUAUUGCUGCCUAUCCCCUCAUCAAAGGCAACGGCUGGAGUUUACAGUCAUUAGCACAGUUGUAUGGUGGCCGAUCCUAUCAAAAUGCCCAGGGCUCUUCGUCAAAUGAUGUUGUGCCUGCGGGGGUUCUGGUUGCACAAAAUACAACAACGCUUUCAGCCAGUCGUUCAACGUUGUCGACUUCGCAAACUGCCACUUCUACCAGUUUCGUGGUAGCAACACCAACGCCAACCCCGGCGCACAGCUCCGCGAUAUCCAUCCAGCACCGUCCUUACAUUUGGCAGCUACCAUGCCUUCUGAUUGCCAUUCUUGCUACUCACUCGGCGUAG